AUGGUCGCUCCGGGACUCGACAGAGAAAACCAAGUUUGGCUUCGCAAGCCACAUCAGAGCGUUCCAUGCUUCGGAUCAAUAACCGUUGGAGGAGUCGCCGUCGCCGGACACGGCGAGGAGGACUAUAUAGCAAAAAUCGUAAAGUAUUAUUCAGAAGCGCCAAACCUGGUGGCGACUAAAAAGGAUGUGCUAGCUGCUGUAAUGUCUUUCAAGAAUGGCUCCGCCGGUGGCCUCGACGGCCUCUCUCCACAACAUUUUAAAGACCUGUUAUGCGGCGCCACUGGUGACGCCGGCGACCAGCUCUUGGAGGACAUUACGCAGCUGCCACUGCAACUCGGUUUCGGCAGCAAAGGCGGCUGUGAAGCUGCAGUUCAUGCUGCACGCGCCUUUGCUGGAAACGAUGAUUGUGAGGUGUUGCUGAAGGUGGAUGUCAAGAACGCUUUUAAUUCCUUAGAUAGAGGGGUUCUUCUCAAACAAGUUCAAGAAGCUACACCCAUGAUCUAUAAAUAUUUGUGGCAGUGCUACCAUCAGCCCUCGCACUUAGUAUUCAAGUCCCAUCGCUUAUCAUCUGCGGUUGGGUGCCAGCAGGGUGAUCCUCUUGGACCAGCCAUUUUCAGUCUCGCCAUCCACCCAACCAUCUCAAAUCUAAAUUCAAAAUUCAACUCAUGGUAUCUCGACGAUGGGACCCUAGGAGGAGAUUGGAAAACAGUUUUGGACGACCUGCGAACGCUUACAGAUUCUUUUACCUCGUUAGGUCUUGAGCUAAAUUUCUCCAAAUGCGAGUUAUUUAUCAACAGACCCUUCCCAUCGAACGAAAUUCAAAAUUUAAUAUCCUAUUUUAAUGCCCUGGCCCCUAACAUUAAAAUAAUAGACAAAACAUCUUUGAGACUCCUAGGUGCUCCCAUCUUCCCUGAAUCAAUUCCACAACUCAUUGAUGAACAUCUCAACAUUCAUAAAGCUUAUUCGGACCGCCUUCUAAAAAUCAGUGCACACAUGGCAUUAACCAUCAUUAAGUUUUGCCUCUUUGUUCCGAAGUUCACUUACAUACUCAGGUGUAGUCCUGUUUGGAAACAUCCUCACCUCAUCGAACCACUGGACUCCAUUUUGAAAACCACCCUUUCAUCCAUAUUAAACAUUCACCUAGACAACCGCGCCUGGACCCAGGCCUCUCUGCCAAUUCGCCACGGCGGUCUGGGUAUACGCCAAGUUGUCAGUGUCGCCCUCCCUGCGUUUUUGGCCUCGUUUCACAGCACACAAGAUCUCGCUGACAAGAUUUUUUGCUCAUCCUCUGCCAGCGAGCGUAUUACCACACUGAACGAGGCCAAAGACACAUGGUUGCAGUCUUGCCCGGGUAGCCCGCUUCCGAUUUCCCUUAAGUCGCAAAGGCAAUGGGACGAGCCGCUCUGCAAGGCAACGAUAACUCAACUUAUUGAAUCUGCCCAGAGUUCAGCAGAGCGCGCUCGUUUGUUGGCCGUCGCAGAACCGGAAGCGGGUUAUUGGCUCCGCGCAUUACCAUCAGCCAAAAUCGGAACCCUGCUGGACAAAACCACCCUAACCCUGGCUACCUCUUUGCGUCUGGGCACCAAAACAAAUGAGCCCCAUCGAUGCCGCUGCGGUGCUAUGGUGACCGAACUGGGCCACCACGGUUUAUCCUGUCCAAGAAGCGCAGGUCGCAUCUCCCGCCAUGCGUCCUUGAAUGAUGUCAUCAAGAGGGCGCUCGCCUCCGUUAGCGUGCCGGCUAUCCUUGAGCCGAACGGUAUCGCACGCGACGAUGGCAAGCGCCCCGAUGGGAUGACACUCAUUCCGUGGAUGCAAGGGAGGACGCUUGUGUGGGACGCCACCUGUGUUGACACGCUCGCGCCGUCCCACCUACAGGCGACCUCCGUCAAGGCGGGAGCUGCGGCCACAACGGCAGAACAAAAUAAGCGGCGCAAAUAUGCUGUCCUCGGCGAGGGCUAUAUAUUUGCGCCGUUCGGCGUCGAAACUCUAGGACCGUGGGGGCCCAGCGCGAAAUCUCUUUUUAAAGAGAUAUCCCAGCGCCUCGUGGAUGCCUCAGGUGACCAGAGAGCUGGCAGCUACUUCGGCCAGAGAUUAAGUCUGGCCAUCCAAAGAGGUAACGCUGCCAGCCUUCUGGGCACCACAACAUAUAGUGAAGACUUGGGGAGCAUUUUUUAUUUAUAA